UUGUAAGUUGUAAACCUAGACUAGACUAGAUUGUGCCAUGUCAAUUUGAAUUGCAAAUUCACAAAGCAAUUUCAGCCUGCUGGAAGUUUGGAGCAGCUAGAGAGAGACUCAUCGCCGCCGCCGCCGACCGCCGCUGCAUCCUCAGCUCUCGUCAAGCUGCUUCCUGCCACUCGCCAACUGCUGCAGUCUCUCUUGAUUUUCUUACUAGUAGCUUGGAGGGCAUGGGUAAAGAAGGCAAGAGGGGAAACAGAAACCCUUUCAAACGAAGAAAAUCAACCCACCUUGAAGAUGUUUCUGUCGCAAACAGCAUGAUGGACGAUGAAAUCGAUGCCUUUCACAAUCAGAGAGAUAUUGUUCCUUUGGACAUAAAUGACGACGUGGAAGGAUCAGACGAAGCUGAUGAGCACCCUGUACUGGAUUUCGAGGAUGCUAAUGAUGACGAGGAAGACAAUGAGAAUGAAGAUGAUGACACUGAGGAUGACACGCAGCUUACAGGCCUUGCUGCAAAAAUUGCAAGGCAACAAAAAUAUUUAAAGUCUAAGAUUGGCGGUGUUGAGGAUGAAAUGCAAGAUGAUGUUGAAGAUGAUGAAGAAAAAAAGGCAGUAUGGGGUAGAAGAAAGAAUAUAUACUAUAGUGCUGAUAAUGUGGAUUAUGAGCUGCAAUCAAGUGAUGAUGAGCUUCUUGCCGAGGAAGAGGCGGAGGUUAUGAGAUUACAGAAGGAGAGAGCCAAGUUAUUAACAAUGGAAGACUAUGGCCUUGAAGAUGUUAGUCUAGAAGAGAGUGAUGGGGAGCCAACACUGGGGGAAUUUAUGGGUAAAGGGAAAUCAAAAUCAAAAGCUUCACUAGAUAAAAAGGCUCACAUUGACCCUGACGUAGCUUACGAGAAAGUUGAGAAAGACUUGAAUGCUUUGUCAAAGGAAGAACAGAUGGAUGUUGUGUAUAGUUCUGCCCCAGAAUUGGUUGGUUUGCUGUCAGAGCUGAAUUAUGCACUUGAAGAGCUUGAAAACAAAGUUGAUCCACUUAUAAGCAAGGUUAGAGAAGGGGGAGAUAAAAAGGCAGGUGGUAUGGAUUAUUUGGAGGUGAAACGGCUCCUGCUGCUGGCAUAUUGCCAAGCUAUUAUCGCUUAUCUUCUUCUCAAAUCUGAAGGUUUCCCAGUUCGCAAUCACCCUGUCAUUGCUCGCCUUGUAGAGAUAAAGAGCUUAGUGGACAAGAUGAAACAACUUGAUGAAAAUCUUCCAUCUAAACUUGAGAAUAUGUUGAGCGGGAGAAAUCAGACUGAAAAUGUUGCACCAAAAACUGAUUCUUCCAUUCAUUCGGUUUCAUUUGAAAAGCUGGAAGCAACAAUUCUGCCACAUGAAGCAGGCCAGGUUUUAAAAGUGGAUUCUAUGAAGGAUAAUGAGAACAAAGAGAGAAAAUGCAAGCAUCUGGUGAGUCCUAAUGAUCAAGUUAGUAAAGAGAGUGCUGAAAUGCUAAAAAUAAGAGCUGCCCUUGAGGAAAAGUUGAAGCAGAAGGGUAUUUUCAGUUCAAUUGCAUCGAAGCCCAAUAGGGUGAACCCCGAUAAGGUGCAAUCUGAUAGGGUUCAGAAACAUCAAAAACCAAUUAAUAGACAACUUGAAACAUUAGAUGAUUUUGAUGAUGAUGCUACUGAGCCAGAAAGAGGCACUCAUGGGAUGCGCAAGGGGAAUGUUAGUUCACCUAAACUUUCCCAGCUUAUAACACUUCACACUCAGAGGAAUAAGCCAAAGGUCUUUUCUGGCGACUAUGAUGCACCUAAGCGGGAUGAUAUUGGAGAAAGGCGAAGGAAGCUUGAGCUCCGGGUUCUUGCAAGAGCUGGAAUCAAGCCCACUGACGAUGAUGAAGAUGAGCCCAGCAAUAUGCAGAUGGGCAAUGCCGAGGAACCAUCAUCCGAAGAUGAGUUUUACCAAGAAGUGAAACAACAGCGGGCUGAAAGACUUGCUGCAAAAAGGGAGAAGUAUUCAAGACCCGUGGCAGUCCCAUCUGUGCCCGAAGAAAUCCCAGAAAAUGGGAAGCGGCCAAUUACUUAUGAGAUGGAGAAGAAUAGAGGACUGACUCGUUAUCGCAAGAAGCUGACGAAGAAUCCCAGGAAGAAAUACAAGUUGAAGCACCAGAAAGCAGUGGUGCGACGAAAAGGGCAGGUGCGGGACAUCAGGAGGCCUACUGGUUCGUAUGGUGGGGAAGCCUCUGGCAUUAAUGCUGGAAUCAGUAGAAGCAUCAGAUUCAAGUAUUAACGUAAAGUCCAUUUGUUCCAUAUCCAUUACAUUCAACUUUUCCGGGAUACCCAGAUGGGAUAUCUGUUUCAAAUUUUGCCCCUUUUCCCCCCCUUCCAUUAAAAGAAAAGAAAAACUAGGGUUUUAGGUGAGCCAUUGCUUUUCGGUGUUUCAAAAUAUUUUCUUCUCUGAGGACGUUGAAAGUUACAGAUUUUCCAGUGUUUAGAGAA